UUGGUGGUCAGACGGAGAACCGGUGAGCUGUCCGGCGUGCAGGCAAGAUAGCAAAAUGAUCCAAAGAAUCCCGAACCAUAUCAAAACUUUGGACAAACACGUGAAUUCAUUUGUGGACUACUUGUUCGGAAUUAGAGAUCCCAGGGUUAGAGGCUGGGCUUUGCUGGAUUCCUAUUUACCUACAUUCUUCCUUACACUGUUGUAUCUAUCCACUAUAUGGCUAGGCACAAAGUAUAUGAGGGAAAAGCCUGCCUUCUCCCUCAGGGGUCAUUUAAUCUUGUACAACCUUGGAGUGAUGCUUCUGUCUCUAUAUAUGUUUAUUGAGUUGAUCUCGGCGAGCUGGGAAGGUGGAUACAACCUGCAGUGUCAGAAUCUUCACAGUGCUGGGCAAGCCGACAUCCGGGUGGCCAAGGUGCUAUGGUGGUACUACUUUUCUAAAGCUAUUGAAUUUAUGGACACAAUAUUUUUUAUCUUGCGGAAGAAGAACAGUCAAAUUACCUUUCUUCAUGUGUACCACCACGCAACAAUGUUCAACAUCUGGUGGUGUGUUCUUAACUGGAUACCUUGUGGUCAAAGUUUCUUUGGUCCAACAUUGAACAGUUUUAUCCAUGUUCUAAUGUACUCCUACUAUGGCCUGUCCACUAUUCCAUCCAUGCAACCAUAUCUUUGGUGGAAGAAGUACCUUACUCAGGCACAGCUGGUACAGUUUGUGCUCACGAUUAUCCACACAAUGAGCGCAGCGAUAAAGCCUUGUGGAUUCCCCCUUGGCUGUUUAUUGUUCCAAUCUUCUUAUAUGGCUACGUUGGUCAUCUUGUUCAUAAAUUUUUACAGGAAGGCAUACAACAAAACACAAUGCAAUGGAAAGACCACCCCUGCUCUGGAAGAGUUAAACAAUGGGCUCUACAGUGGCCACGUAAAGACUAAUGGCAGCAUAUCAAUGAAGGAGGAUUAAUAUUAGUACAAGAGCAAAGUACUACUACCAAGUUGUUACUACUGUAGCCUAGAGCUAAAAAUGCAAGUGAAACUAUUAUGGUUUGAUUAAAGGUUUUCUCAUUAUACACAAUGUAUAACAUUCAAAUUUAAAUAAUUGCAUUCCAAAUCCUACCUCAGAGUCUUAAAAGAAUUUGCUUCACUCUUAAAAAAACAUUUAAAAUUAAAAUGAUCUAAUUAGUCGCUUCCCCAAUUUUCAGUAAAUGCAGCCAAUUUUACAGGAAGUUUGUGGAACUACCUAUGUAUCUAGAACCGAAACAUAACUUGAUUACAAUUCAAAUUUCUGAAUUUUUUUUAAAUUUAAGGUUGUUUUCUCUGUCUUUAGAUUGACCUUUCUACUUGAUGUUUAAAAACUUUGAAUGCAGAAUUUUUGCAAAUGUAAACUUUUUACUCUUUGAAUUAGCUGUUUGUAUAAUCAUUUUAAAAUGUUUAAUAAAAACUCAACA